AUGUCUAAGACUGAUGCCAUAAUUCAGAGCUAUGGAGCCUCCUUGAGAAAUCUUGAGACCCAAAUGGGACAGCUUGUAAAGUCCAUCAACAGCAGACCCCAAGGUGCCUUACCAAGUGAUACACAAGUCAAUCCCAAAGCUUUGGAAAACAUGCCAAGUUAUGUUAAAUUCUUGAAAGACAUCUUAACUAAGAAGAGGAAACUGGAAGACUUUGAAACUAUGGCACUUAUUGAGGAGUGGAGCGCAAUAAUUCAGAACAAGCUUCCACCAAAACUUAAAGAUCCAGGGUGUUUUUCUAUACCUUGUACUGUUGGUAGAUUUAAUUUUACUAAAGCUUUAUGUGAUUUGGGUGUAGGUGUUGCAAUCAUACCAUUGUCAAUUGCUGAGAAAAUUGGACUUAAGGAGAUACAGCCUACCAUAGUUUCUUUGCAAUUAGCAGAUAGAACAAUCAGGUAUCCUGUUGGGAUUAUUGAGGAUGUAUUGGUUAAAGUUGGGCCUUUUUACAUUCCAGUGGACUUCAUUGUGCUUGAGAUGGAAGAAGAUUAA